AUGUGCGGUAUUUUUGCAGUUUUCAAUUAUCCGGAUGAUAUUCAUGCUUUUCGUCGACGAGCUUUACUACUUUCCAAACAAUUGAGACAUCGAGGUCCCGAUUGGAGUGGUUGUAAAAUCUCGGGAAAUAACAUUUUAUGUCAUGAACGUUUAGCCAUUGUUGGUGUUGAUUCUGGAGCUCAACCUCUUACCAAUGAGGAUGAAUCAAUUAUCCUCGCCGUCAAUGGCGAAAUUUAUAAUCACAGGGCUUUGAGAAAGCAACUCAGAUCUGGUGUUACUUUCAAAACCCAAUCGGAUUGUGAAGUUAUUCUUCAUUUGUAUUCUGAGAUAGGGAAAGAUGUUGUAAAUCACCUUGAUGGUAUGUACUCGUUCGUUCUCUUGGAUACGACUAGAAAUCGUUUCAUCGCCGCACGUGAUCCAAUUGGUAUUACUACUCUUUACCAGGGUUGGUCGUCGUCAUCACCGAAUACUGUCUAUUUUGCAUCAGAAUUGAAAGCGCUUAAUGAGGUCUGUGAUAAAAUUAUCUCGUUUCCACCUGGUCAUAUUUAUGAUAGUUUGACAGGUGAAACAACAAGAUAUUAUAAGCCUCCGUGGUGGGAUGGAGAAAUAAUACCAAAAAAUCCCAUCAAUUAUACUGUUUUAAGAGAAUCAUUGGAAAAAGCUGUCCGUAAGAGAUUAAUGAGUGAUGUACCCUAUGGUGUUUUGUUAAGUGGUGGUUUGGAUUCCAGCUUAAUUGCUUCUAUUGCAACAAGAGAAGCUGCAAAAUUAGCUGCUACCCAAAAUGGAUAUCAAGAAGAUUCAGAUGAACGUCAUAUCGGAAAUUCUGGUAAGAAUUCUUUGACAAAAUUCAAUGGACUUCACUCUUUCUCCAUUGGGCUUCCUGGGUCGCCUGAUUUAGUUGCUGCGCGCUCAGUUGCGGAAUUUUUAAACACCAUACAUCAUGAAUAUACCUUUACAAUUCAAGAAGGUCUUGAUGCAGUUCAUGAUAUUAUUCAUCAUUUGGAAACAUACGAUGUAACAACAAUUAGGGCAAGUACUCCGAUGUACUUACUCUCAAGAAAGAUUAAAGCCAUGGGUGUCAAGAUGGUUUUGAGUGGUGAAGGAAGCGAUGAAAUUCUUGGAGGUUAUUUAUAUUUCCAUGCUGCACCAUCUGCUGCAGAUUUUCAUAAGGAAACGGUCACGCGUGUAAAGAAACUUCAUACUUCUGAUUGUUUGCGAGCAAACAAAUCUACAAUGGCGUGGGGUCUUGAAGCUCGUGUACCAUUCUUAGAUGGAACAUUCCUUAAUGUGGCUAUGGCUAUUGAUCCCGAAGAAAAAGUAUUUAGAGAAGGAAGAAUGGAGAAGUAUAUUCUCAGGAAGGCUUUUGAUGUAUCAACAACUGGGGGCGUACGUUAUCUUCCUGAUUCAAUUCUUUGGCGUCAAAAAGAACAAUUCUCUGAUGGAGUAGGAUAUGGUUGGAUUGAUUCUCUUAAAGAUGCUUCUGAGCAGCAUGUGACUGAUGAACAAUUUGCUAAUGCUGCUGAACGUUGGCCUAAAGAUACACCAACUACUAAAGAAGCUUAUUGGUAUAGAGAACAGUUUGAAAGUUGGUUUCCUCAGGAAGCAUGUAUUGAUAGUGUUGAACGAUGGAUUCCAAGAAGAGAUUGGGGUUGUCCGGAGGAUCCUUCAGGACGUGCUCAAAGAGUACAUAACUCUGCUUAUGAUAAUGUUGCUAAUGUAUAA